AUGUGGUUGCUCUCACUCACACCUUUUCAGGAAAGCUGCCCUCCGACCUGGUAUAACUCGCCCGUCACCGGCCCACUCCCCUUCCCCAAACCACCCAACCUGCGUAUUCUGCGACGAUGCAACAUCUUCCUGACCGAUGCCGCUUCGAACUUCCGCAUACCCCAGCUGCAACAGCUCUACGAUCUGGUCGCUGCCCGUCCGACCGAUGAGCGCACACUGCAGCAGGCAUGUCAGAGCCUCGAUGUCGAUAUAAUAUCACUGGACUUGACCCGUAAGAUGGAGAAGCACUUCAAAUUUCCAAUGUUGGGUAUGGCAAUAGCACGUGGUAUCAAGAUUGAGUUAUGCUACAGCCAAGGAAUACUCUCCACGGAUCCCAUGGCGAAACGCAAUCUGAUCAGCAAUGCGACGCAGCUCAUACGAGUCACACGAGGACGAGGCCUGAUCUUCAGUUCAGACGCUAGGAAUGUACUGGGCAUCCGCGCACCGAGCGACAUCAUCAACCUGGCUUCUGUAUGGGGCUUGGGCACUGAGAAGGGCAAGGACGGCCUCACGAAAGAGCCGCGAAGUGUGGUAGAGUUCGCACGGCUCAAGCGACAGAGCUACAAGGGCGUUGUCGAUAUCGUCUAUGGUGGUGAGAAGCCAGUACAUGUAGAGAAAGAGAAGGCGACACAAAAGGGCAAGGGGGUGCCGACCACGAACCAGAAUGGCAAGCGGCCAGGAGGUAGCUUAGAAGGAAACCCGCUUGAGACCAAGGCUCCGAUUUCGAAAAGCCAGCAGAAAAAGAUGAAAAAGGCCAAAGCGAACGCCGGAUCGGACGAGCAUCCUAACGCAGCUACGACCGAAUCGCUUCCAUAUUAG